AUGUCGGACAGCCGCAACAAGGGCAAAAUGGCUAGCAUUGUCGUCGCGCAGGUCGAGCCGCCAGAGCUGAAGCUGCCAUGGGGAGCCUGGCGGGCUGCUGUCAGCGAAGUUGAUUCCAAGGUCCGAGAUCUAUUCUCGACUGGCAGCAGUCUAAUUUUGAACAUGGAAAUUGACACAUCGCAGAUUUAUGUCCUUAAAAAUAUUCGGUUUGGAUCUAAACCGGUUCGCUUCGCGGCUCCUUCUUUUCCGGACUGGGAGGAUGAUUCUUUGCAGAACAUCACUUCUGGAACGACUUGCAUCCAAAUUGACACCACGAAACUACGCAAUCCUCCAGGCGGUAGAGAUCGUCUUGGUGACCCAAAUAAAGCGGCUAGAACACUGAAAUUAACAGAUCAAAGCGAAGAUUGCCUAUUUCUAGACAUUUAUGUACCAGUAUCAGCGUUUCAGUCUGAAGCAGAGUCAUUGCCGGUCAUUGUAUGGAUCUACGGAGGCGCAUAUGCCUUUGGCUCCAAGGAUCAAGACACAAUACUUUAUAGAGGUGACGCCGUCGUCAAAUCUUCUGGCUACAAAGCAAUUUUCGUUGUGGGCAACUACCGAGUCGGCGCAUUCGGAUGGCUUGCUGGCUCCUAUAUGGAAGAAGUAGCGCAACCUAAUGCCGGCUUGUAUGAUCAAGCCCUUCUGUUCCAGUGGGUUCAAGAACAUAUUGGCAAAGUUAAAGGAGACAAAAGCCAAAUCAGCGUCUGGGGUGAGUCAGCCGGCGCUGGAUCGAUCUUGCACCAUCUGAUUCGGGAGGACGGCCAGGUUGAUCCCUUGUUCAACACAUUCGCGGUACAGAGUCCGGCAUUUGAGUGGGCCUGGGAUAAUUCGCAAGAUGGUCGCCUCGAUGGUAUUUACAAAAAGUUUUCUAACCUUGCUGGCUGCAAAGCCGAGUAUGACAUCGACUGUCUGAGGGCGGCUGAUUCGAGUACCCUUAUCAGCGCUAACCAAGAACUCUUCGAACAAGUUAGAAAGACGGGCCUCUUUCCCGUCGGUCCUGCAGUAGAUGGGAAAUGGAUCAAAUCUAUACCUGCGGUAACGCUUUCGAAGGGCAAGCAUUGGAACGGUAUCAAGUCUGCCAUCAUCUCCCAUUGCGAGAACGAGUCUGCGCAUUUUACCCCCAAACACGUAGACAGCGAAGAAAAGUUUGACACCUUUCUAAAUGAGUUUCUACCCGGCCAGCGACUUGAGCCUCAGAGACGAGCUAUCAAGAAGCAAUACGACUGCAAACUUACCUUCGGAGGCGACUAUCAGAAAUGCCUCGCUGCCAUCAUCCAGCACGCGUCCUUUAAUUGCAACGCCAGAUAUCUCUUCGAUGCAUACCCCGAUGAGUCCUAUAUGAUGAGUUAUGGAUACCCUAUUACUCAAUAUGCGUAUCAUGCGAGCGAUAUUAUCCCGCUCUUCGCCAGCAACGCUGAGCAAGUCGAGCAUUUACUGAGAAAGACCGGCGUGCCAGGCUUUCUCGCCCAAGGCUAUGCCGAGCCACUUAUCGCCAAGGUUUCUCCGCAUUUAAGGCAAUACUUUGCUUCACUUGCUAUUUAUGGUGAUCCGAAUAAGCCGUUGCAACGGGGAAUACCGGACUGGCCGAUUGCAGAUGGGAGUGACGAUGAGCUGCGGAACGUGAUGCGAGUGUGGUGGAGAGGACUGGAGAACUCAUACUUUGAGCUUUCUAACGAUACUCAAAAUUUGCGAAGCGCGUGCUCGUUUUGGACGAAGCUUGCAAGGGAGAUUGUUGGCGAAAAAGGGCAAAAUACUCAAGAGAACUUAGGAGAGAGUCGGGAUGAACUAUAA